AAGGCAUGGUACAGUGUGCAAUUUUCUCUUACUUGCGGCCGUCCAAAAAAUCGUUCUACUACGGUAUGCCCAAAGCCUUCCCGCCCAUAACACUAAAUAGCAAGCCCCAACUCAUCCCCUCUGUUCUCUCUACAACACAUCUUGGUUCGCUGUCAAUGUCUACACCUCCGGCAGCUGAUGGCGCCGCCGUCGAAGUGGACGAGGAAAUUGAAGGAGAAGAAAUCGGCUCCAGAAAUUACCGCUUCUCCAAAAUCGGAGAGUCCAUUUCCAUUAAUUCUGAGUUCGAUGCAGAUUCCCUCCCAUCCCAGCCCCUAGCCGUCUCCGAACGGCUUCGCCUCCUAUUUGUAGUUUAUCCAAAGGGGUUUUAUGUUGCGAGGACCAAGGACGUGAUUGCGACCGCCGAGGCGUCUAAAGAGGAACAAAAGGGACAAUCUUUACAGGAGCUGAGCCUCGUUGAUGUCCCAAUUGAGAAAGUUUCGAUUUUGGCUCUAUCAGCUGAUGACUCAUUGCUUGCUGCUAGCGUGGACAGCUAUGUCCAUUUCUUUGCUGUUAGCGCUCUGCUCCACAAGGAAAAGAAGCCUUCGUAUUCAGUGGCGCUUGAUGAGUCCAAUUGCAUCAAGGAUUUUCGUUGGGCGAAAAAAGUUGCAAAAGCUUAUCUCAUCCUUUCAGCCAAUGGAAAGUUGUACCAGGGAACUGGUCAAGGUCCCCUUGGUUAUGUUAUGGAAGGUGUCGAUUCUGUUGACUGGAGUGUUAAAGGCAAUUUUGUUGCUGUUGCGAAAAAGAACGCCAUCAGCAUUUUGUCACCACAGUUUAAGGAAAAAGUAAGAUUUUCUCUACCAUUUCGGUCGGUGGUUGGAGAAUCUGAUGUUAACCAAGUUAUAAAAGUGGAUUCGAUACGGUGGAUCCGUCCAGAUUGUCUAGCUGUCGGAUGUUUCCAAUUAGAUGACGAUGGCGCAGAGGAAAAUUACAUAGUCCAAGUCAUCACAAGCAGGGAUGGAAAGCUUACUGAUGAAGCUUCAAAGCCAACUGUUUUGUCUUUCAGUAAUAUCUUCAUGGAUUUCUGUUCUGAUGCAGUGCCCACCAGAAAUGGGCCACAUCUGCUUCUGAGUUAUCUUGGUCAUUGUGGUCUGGCAUUUAUAGCUAAUAGGAAUCUGUCCCGGACUGUUGGGCUGUUCUGUUGGUUGCCGGACGAAGGGAAGAAUAAAGUUGCAGUGGUUGAGAUUCUUAAUGAUGCUUGGAAUCUGUAUAUUGAUUCUCAAGACGAUGGUGAAGAAAAUGUAAUCUUGGGACUCUUUGUGGACAAGGUCUCCCAGAAUGAGGAUGUCAAAUUCACACUGGGAGAUGAGGAAACAGAAGUCUCACCUUGUUGUGUAAUCAUAUGCCUAACUAUUGACGGAAAGAUUUCAGUUUUUCACUUUGCUAGUGCUGCAGGUGCUUUGACAUCACCUGAAAGUGCUGCUUCUGAUGAGGAAAACGACACUUCUCAGAUAAUUGCAAAGCAAGAGUUGCCUGAGGAAAGUAAAGACCCAACCCUUUUGACCUCUGGUUCUCAUAAACUCAGCCAAUUUGGAAUGGAGAAGAUAGAUGCUAAGGUCACUAUCACAAGUGAUUUAUCGCCUUCUAUUAAUGGGGACAUCAAAUCACGAGAGCAUCCGUCUACUGAAAACAUGGGACAAAAGACUCUUGUGUACUCGCAGACUCCAAAAUUGGCUGAGCCAGUAAAGGCCUUUCCGUUAAUAUUGAACCAGGAUAGUAAAGUGGAGAAUCAAUCGACUAGUGAAGUCAAACACAAUACAGGUUUAUUUUCAGGGGAAGUAACUGGUGAUUUAUCUUGGCAAUCAAUAACUAAAGAGUCACAAUCAUGUGGCAAUGUGGAUCCAUCACAGAAAGCUCCAACGCCAAGUUCACUAAGUUCGUGGUCUUUGACCCGGUCAAAUGCUUCAAAAACUGCUGAUGGAAGGUUUUCUUUGUUCCCUUCUGAUGUUGACAAUUCAGAUAAACAUGCAUCGCAAUCUGCUGGGGGUGUACUGCGGCAUCCUACAGAUAUAAAUGAGAUAUCCAAACCAACUGUCUCUUUCCCCUCUUUUGGACAGACGUCUAUUGCUCAGGGUCAUAGAAUUGCACUGUCAGCAAAUCUUGGUUCAGAGGCGUCUUCAGGGGAAGGUGCUGCUUCAGGAAAACAUUCCCAGCCCGAAUUCAGGAAGGAAGUGAAUUCGUCUUCCUCAAGAACAGGGCUUCCAUACUCUGUACAAAAUGCUUCAAAACAGUCUGGAAAUGUUGAAGAGAUGGCUAAAAAACUAGAUAUUCUUCUUGAAGAAAUUGAAGGAAAAGGUGGUUUCUUGGAUGCAUCCAUAACUUCUCAAACAAAGUCUGUUACGGAGUUGGAGGACAAUAUAUGGACUCUUUCCAGCAAAUGUAGAACAUGGAGGGGACUUAUGAAUGAACAACGGAAGGAACUAAAGCUUCUGCUUGAGAAAACUGUACAAGUUUCCGUGAGGAAAGUAUAUAUGGAAGGGGUCUUCAAGCAAGCAACAGAUAGCAGAUACUUGGAACUUUGGAAUCAUCAAAAAUUGAGUUCUGAACUAGAAUUGAAACAAAAACGAAUAUCAGAUUUAAACCAGGAGUUGACCAACAAGUUGAUUGAACUGGAGAGGCAUUUCAACUCCUUGGAGUUAAAUAAAUUCGGUAAUGACGGAAUGCAAAGAAAUUGGAGAGGCCUGCAGAAUUGGCAUGGCCAUUCAAGGCAAACUCAGUCUUUGAACACUCUACAUAACACGAUGCAAGCGCAAUUAGCAGCUGCUGAGCAACUUUCUGAAUGCCUUUCAAACCAAAUGGCUGCUUUGAGUAUCGAAUCCUAUGAAAAACAGGACGUGAAAAAGAAGCUCUUUGAAUCAAUUGGCCUCUCUUACAUUGGUGACUUUGAAAGAGCUCCAGCUAGGGAUAGGAUUUCCUGUACUCCUCUUAACAAAGAGCAAUUAAUCACUUCAAGAUCUGUUACUUAUAAAGAUCAUACUGGAAGAAACCAGUCUACAUUUGCAAAGACUCCUGAAACUGCAAGGCGGCGUCGAGAUUCUCUGGAUCGGAGCUGGGCAAGCUUUGAACCUCCAAAAACAACUGUGAAAAGGGUGCUGAAAGAAUAUGGUCAGAGCAACACAAACCUGCCGUUGUUAAAUAUUGAUAAACAAAAUCUCAGUCCACAGCUGCCAAGGAAGUCAGAAGCUGCUCAUUUAGCAAACUCAAGUGUGUACCGAGCAGCUUUGAACAGUUACAAAAGCAAAGGCGUUGCUGAAAUACCAGAACAGCAUACCGUGGGCCAAUUUAAACCGGUGCUCCAGAUGACAGCUGGUUCGCCAGAUAAUGGAAACCGAAAUAUAUCUACUAAAAACUCUCUUUCAUUGCCACCAUCAUCCAUGUUGGAGACAAGGACAGCACAAAAUAGUGGACAAGUGGCCUUCCAACUAAUUGGUGAAAAUUCAAGGGGUGGCCUACCUUUGACAGGAAAUAAAGAUACUUUUGCUGCAAGCGAGUUUAAUUUUUCCAGCAAAGAUUCUGAUACAGGGUUCCAGCCUUUACCAUCCACUUCCACACGGCUAACCGAGCAAUCUCCGACAUCAUUAAAAGGGGAACAGGAGAAGAAUGCUUGGACAGCGUCCAAAACUCCAUUAUUUGACUCUAAAAUUCCUGUCCGUCCUGCAUCUGCAUUAAGUUUUGGCACAAAUUUAAUCGAGAAAGUUCCUCCAUUAACUACGAGUUCAGAAAAACCAAGCCAGCCCAAUGAUAGUUCGUCAGAUUCUGUCCCAUCACAGUCACUCUUUGGUUCAUCGUUAUUCUCAAGUAACAGUGUACCAUCAUUUGCGUCCUCUUUAUCGAAACCAAGUUCUUCAACAUCAACUUCUGUUGCAAAACAAGAGGCAGAUUUACAGCCUCAGACGUCAGUUCCUUCAUCCCUGAAUUUUCAGAGCAAUCUUCUAUCUAUUUCCCCUUCAUCGAGCAUAAAGUCAGACACUCAGUCAUCGUUGCUUCAACCUCCUGUCCCCGUUCUUGGCUCAAAAGUCGAGAACCUCCCUUCAACAAAGACGCCAGUCGAUAAUACAUUACUGGGAACUGAUCAAAAUGUGAAAAUUCAGGCUUCACCAUUGCAGUCUGGGUUCUCAGUUUUUACAUCUAAUUCUAAACUUGGACCUUCAACAUCAUCUGUGCCGUCAGAAUUGCCGAGCAAUUCUAAACUCGGAAGUCAAAUUGAUUCAGGUGGCUUGUCUAAGAGUUCAGCUACUGUUACAUCACUUAUCAAUGCUGAACUGGCUACUACAGCUGAAAUUCGUUCACCAGCCUCACCAUCAAGUGAAGGGGUUAUUGGUAGUGCUAAAACUGUAGGUUUGAUUUCUUCUGAAGAGGAGGAAAUGGAGGAGGAAGCUCCCGAGACAGAUCAGACUACUGAAUUAUCACUAGGGAACCUUGGUGGAUUUGGUAUCGGCUCAAUUCCAAAUUCAACCACCCCCAAAUCUAAUCCAUUUGGUGUAUCAACCCUCAACAAAGAUACAACAACACAUUUUGCUUCAUUGCCCAAUACUUCUGCUCCUAUUGGCGAGCUUUUCAAACCCGCAUCUUUCCAAUUCCAACAACCUCAGCCUCUGGUGUCUUCCCAGCCAGUGGCUGUGAACUUUUCUGGUGGGUUUAGUUCUGUGAAUUCCGGUCAAGUGUCUGCUGUUUCUGGAUUCGGGCAGCCCGCAAAUAUGGGAGCAGGCCAACAGGCACUGGGCUCAGUACUUGGUAGUUUUGGACAGUCUAGGCAGCUGGGGCCCAGUUUGCCAGGAAGCAAUGUGGCCCCUGCAAGUGGCUUCGGAGGGAUUUCUGGCGGUGGUUUUGGAGGAGGAUUUUGUUCUGCUUCUACAGCCGGUGGUUUUGCGAGUUUGGCGACUGGUGGUGGAGGAUUUGCUGCUGCUGCCACUGCAGCUGGUGGAUUUGCCACUGCUGCUGGUGGCUUUGGUGCUGCUGCUUCAAAUCCUGGUGGUGGAUUUGGAGCUUUUGGGAACCAGCAGGGCGGUGGAGGGUUUGCGGCCUUUGGUGGUGGCUCGGGAGCUGGAAGGCCUCCCUCGGAUUUGUUCACGCAGAUGAGGAAAUAGUUUUGCUAUUUAAUGUGAAUCUGAAAAAUGAUUAUAAUUAAAUUGAGGGAAUUUAGAGUGUGAACCGAGUGAUAUUGAUACUCAUUUGUUUUAGUUUUGGAUCUGUCUGAUUCAUUGUUUGGGACUUUGAGUGUCUUGACAAUCUGUACAGACUGUACUGUUCUCUCUUAAGUUAUAUCAUUGCCUAAAAACCUUAAUGCGCCGUAAAGAAAAAUUAUCUUCUUUAAUCUUUGGCAAAAUUGCGCAUCAGCUUUAUUGAGAUUGCAAAUUAAUUACUAUCUUUUCAUUUUUG